GAGACUCCAUCCGGAACUUUGGCGCCGUGACGCAGGUUUCCGGCGGGCUUCUUAGAGCGCCGAACAGCGUUGGGCCCAAGGACCAUGAGAGGGCCGGAGUCGGGUCCCGAACCUACGAUGGAAGGGGACGUGUUGGACACCCUGGAGGCGCUGGGGUACAAGGGACCACUGUUAGAAGAGCAAGCCCUUACCAAGGCAGCAGAGGGUGGACUGUCUUCACCUGAAUUUUCAGAGCUCUGUGUUUGGUUAGGCUCUCAGAUAAAAUCAUUGUGCAACUUGGAAGAAAGUAUCACUUCAGCUGGGAGAGAUGAUCUAGAAAGCUUCCAGCUUGAGAUAAGUGGGUUUUUAAAAGAAAUGGCAUGUCCGUAUUCUGUACUCAUAUCAGGAGAUAUUAAGGACCGUUUAAAAAAGAAGGAUGACUGUUUGAAGCUUCUAUUGUUUUUAAGUACAGAGCUUCAAGCUUUACAGAUACUACAGAAUAAGAAACGUAAAAAUUCUCAAUUAGAUAAAAACAGUGAAAUUUAUCAAGAAGUUGAAGCUAUCUGUGAUACUCUUGGUGUACCUAAGUCAGCAACUUCUGACAUUCCGCUUAUGCUAAACCAAGUGGAAUCAAAGGUGAAGGAUAUUCUCUCAAAAGUCCAGAAAAAUCAUGUGGGAAAACCACUGCUGAAAAUUGAUUUAAAUCUGGAACAGGCGGAACAACUAGAAAGAAUCAAUGAAGCUCUUUCCUGUGAAUAUGAAUGCCGCCGGCGGAUGUUGAUGAAACGAUUAGAUGUGACAGUGCAGUCCUUUGGUUGGUCUGAUAGAGCAAAGGUAAAAACAGAUGACAUAGCAAGAAUUUACCAGCCGAAGCGUUAUGCUCUAUCACCGAAGACAACGAUUACAUUGGCACAUCUGCUUGCUGCUCGUGAAGAUCUAUCCAAGAUCAUUAGAACAAGUAGCGGCUCCAGCCGAGAGAAGACGGCAUGUGCCAUUAAUAAGGUGCUGAUGGGAAGGGUGCCUGACAGAGGAGGAAGGCCAAAUGAAAUUGAACCGCCGCCCCCGGAAAUGCCCCCUUGGCAAAAGAGACAAGAAGGCGGCGGAAGGGGUGGUUGGGGUGGUGGGGGUGGUGGGGGUGGUCGAGGAGGUGGUGGGGGUGGAAGAGGUGGCUGGGGAGGUGGAGGAGGUUGGGGAGGUGGUGGGGGAGGAGGAGGAGGUGGCGGAGGAGGGUGGGGUGGAAGUGGGGGAGGGGGCGGUAGAGGAGGAGGUUUCCAAGGCAGGGGAGAUUAUGGCGGGAGGGGAGAUUAUGGUGGAAGAGGAGGAGGCUAUGGUGGAAGAGGAGGGGGCUAUGGGGGACGAGGUUAUGGAGAUCCAUAUGGGGGAGGUGGUGGUGGAUAUAGAAGGUAUUAAAAACCACCAAAAUUAGAUAGCAGUGCUUACUUCUUGGUAGGGACAUUAGGUGUAGUGUUCUAAGUAACAUACUUGAAUGUCAGCUUUCAAGUAAACACCAUGUUAGCUUCCUUCUUAUCAUUCUUAAAUUGGGUUAAUACGUAAGAGCAUUGUUUUUAUACUACCAUUUGAUCUCUUAGACAAAGUGAUGAUUUUUCCAUAUUCUGUGUACCCUGGAGCAUGUCUUUUUAAAAAACAAAAAAUGAACAAAAAUUAUUUUUAAAAAUGUAAAUAUUUAUUACCAUCAGACUUGGAAAAUGGAAAGUAUUUUAUUGUCAUGAUUGAAUUUAGAUUGUUACCCGUAUUUUAUUCAGGUUUGAAACACAUAAAUUACCCCACUUGUAAUGGAAAGGAAUAUAGACUGUUGCCUCAUCUGUA